AUCGCCGCCGCAUGGCUGAACCGAGCAGGAGCGACAGCGGACAUCAUCUCGCCUUCGACAACUCCCGGCUGGAAUUCCUCGGGGGACUUAUCAUGUAAAGCUCGGCCCGUCCGCAUUGCCGCCGCUACUCGGUGCAGAUGUCACUGCACGAUGCUUUUUUCCUGGGAGACAUCGGCGCCUCCGCUGGGCCGCCGCCGCCGCCGCCGCCGCCCGGACUUGCUGCGACCGGCGACGAGCCCCGCGCUGUGCCCGCUUCGGGUCCGGAGGGCGCGACGACAACACCCGGUCUGGACGAUGUUGGCCUGCAUGGCGUCGGCGUAGCCGACCUCGACUGGCCUGACGCCUUUCUUUUUGGCGCCGAAGACGAUGCCGACCCAGGCGCCAUGCCUCCGUUUCGGCCGGCGUCGUUGUCGGCUUUCGACCCCGUCGACCCAAGUCUCGGCUUCCAGGCAUCCGACUUCGCGACGGUCUUGUCCCCCGGACCGGGGACAGGGCUCGACGGCCGGCCGGAGCACCCGGGCAUGGCCGAGUUCUUCCUCAAGAACGGCGCAUGGCGACCCGCGCAGCCGUGCACGCACUGCCGACGAUUGCGACUGCAAUGCUUCAUGCUGCACACAACCGCGGCCAAUCCAAACCCCGUCCACUCGUGCUCUAGCUGUGUAGCUCUGUUCCGGCAGUGCAGUCUUGCUGAGCGCUCCAAGAGACAUCCAUCGCAUUUUGAAACCACCUCGCCCGUUAUUGGCCAGCUGCACGGGGUCAACGAGGAGGACGACCCAGCGUCUUGGGGCCAGCCCAUCGCCGGCACCACCGCCGCCGAGGCUACGGCAGCGCCCAUCGCCACGGUCUCGAACAAGAGGUCCAGCUCCCGAUCCGUCCGGAAGACACAGGUCCUUCGGGACUGGUUCUCCGCCAACCUCGGACACCCUUACCCGACGGACGACGAAAAGUCUGCCCUGGCCGACCAAUCUGGUCUGAGUAGAACCCAAGUCAUCAACUGGUUCACCAACGCCCGUCGCCGUCAUCGGCUCUCGAAUCAACCCAUGAUAAACAAUGCAACCUUCCGCACCGGCUCGCCAAUGCCGAGGUCCUUGCUAUCGAGCAUGACGCCCUUUGAGAGAUGGCGCCACUCCCCUCCGGAGAGCGAGCCCGUGUCUGAGUCUGUGAUACAAAACGCUCUGGACUCGGGCGUCAAUCAGGCAGAGCUCGGAGAGGGAACAGACAACUUCACCACGGCUGUUCUCGGCUCAUCCGCUAGCGACGACUCCAUGUUCUUCGCUCCUUCAGCGCACCACUACUCAUCCGAAGCGUCCGCCUCGUCAAAUUACUCACACCGCUCCGCCAACAGCGAUGCCGCGCACUCGGGUCAGAGCUUCGACGAUCAAUCUCACCCGCCAUGGACGAACUCGUCAUCCUCUAGAGCGAGGAAGUCGAAGCCGCGAACCUUUGUCUGCGGAUAUUGUUCACGCGCCUUCUCAAAAAAGUAUGACUGGAUGCGGCACGAGAGAUCUGUCCAUGCUCCGGGAGACGUCUCCUGGAUUUGCGCGGUUCCCCUACCUCAAGGUCAGCCUUUCAUCCUGUGGCGCCUUGGCCAUGAUCAUCCUGAAUGCAUUUUCUGUGGCCAGGCUUCGCCUAGCGAGGAGCAUGUACAAUCUCAUGAGUUCGAGGCUUGUUCCAAGCGCGCGGUCCAGGAUCGAAGCUUUUCACGAAAAGAUCAUAUGUGGCAGCAUUUGUUCAAGUUCCACGGGUGUCGCAAGUGGGAGGGGUGGAAGCCGGAUCUUAACUUACUGCAGCACCGGGCUUGAGGUGCAAUCGCAGAGCCGAGAGCGAAAAUUUGGCCGUUGAAUCAUGCCAAGAGAGUAGGGGAACGGCACUCGUGAAGAGGGGUCGAAUCUCUCCAAUUAUAGUGGUGAGAAUCAUCUACAAAUGAUACGGUCACGCCGAGCGUGCGUUCCACUCAUUCGGGGUGCGUGCGCAUCCUUUUUUUGGCGUCAGAUGGCAGAAUUCAAUCUCAACUUUCAGAUGCACAUCGUUGCCGGAGGGCGUCGUGUGGCCGUGGCAUGAGUUAUAGGCGCGGUUUGCGCGUUCGUGUCCUGGGAGGGCGCUUCGACCCGCCACCACGACGGGAGCGCCCUCUCCCCCCAGCACACUGAUACGAGUUCAACAAACCAAGCCUUGGGCAGUGAGACUUGCGAAAUUUUGCUCUCUGAUAUCGCAUUGCGCCUGUUAGCUCCUCGGGUCGACCGUCAGCUCCAUCCAGCCUGUUGGCCCUGACUGGACCUUGGAAUCCCACGGCCGAUCCCAUUUCUAAUAGGCCCACGACAUUUCGAAGUUAUCGCACAGGCGACCAUCAUAUAGCAAGCGGAGUGCUGCUGCCGUCGUUUCAUCCAGAUCACACACGACGGCUAGACGUCGCAAGUGCGGCUCGCGUUUUGGACUGGGACAGGCAGUUGCCUGAUAGGUGCAUGUGCGGAACGGGCGAACGAUGGAUGGCUCAGGCGCGGGGACUUGGGGAGUGGCUAGAUAGGAAUCAGUUUGCGGAAGCGGACAAUGGCUCUCCUAUACUAAUUGAAUAGCACUGGAGUUGGUUUCUGCUUCCUUAUAGGAUCGAAUAUAGGCUCUGUUGAUUGACACUC